AUCAGUGCAUAAAAUCAAAUCUCUGCUACAUAAAAAACCUCACUUCUUCCUGACCUAAUUCCCUGCGCCCGUUAAUAUCUCGAUCGGUUUCUACGCUGUUCGCAAGAAGGAAAAAAGAACUUCAAAUCAAGAAGAAAAAUGUCAGGUGAUGAAGGUGCAGUUGUGGCUGAGGCUCCCGCCCCAGCUCUUGGUGAGCCUAUGGACAUCGAGACGGCUUUGCAACUUGUUCUUAGGAAAUCAUUAGCCCAUGGUGGACUUGUUAGAGGCCUACAUGAGAGCGCUAAAGCAAUUGAGAAGCAUGCUGCUCAGCUAUGCGUCUUGGGAGAAGACUGCAACCAGCCAGAUUAUGUAAAAUUAGUGAAGGCACUUUGUGGGGAGCAUCACGUCAGCUUGAUGACAGUUCCAAGUGCAAAGACUCUUGGCGAGUGGGCCGGUCUAUGCAAGAUUGAUUCUGAAGGAAAGGCUAGGAAGGUUGUUGGGUGUUCUUGUGUUGUAGUUAAGGACUUUGGGGAGGAUCACGAGGCACUUCACAUUGUCCAGAAGCAUGUUAGUUCAAGUUGAUUAUCUCAAUCGUGUUUGUUGGUCUCACUAAGAAAGUUUUUGAUCUUUAGUUUUGUUUAGGUUGGUUCCCUGUUGCUCUGCUGAACACGUUUACCCUACAAUGUUUUUCUUUGUUUAUUUAUUGGAAAGAUUUCUGGCAAACAGAACAAUUUAUUCAUCAAGAGUCUCCUUGCCAAGGGUAAGAGGGAAUUGAAUUUUAACAUCUCCUUAUGCUGAGUUAUUAUGGUUUA